AGAGCGACAUUGAUCAUUCUCAAAGUUCUAUGAAUCAUGCUAAGAUUAAGAAUUUUAGUAGUGGAAAUAGCCAGAUGGCAUCACAGAAGCCAACAGCAUCAAGUCAUCGACGAUUGGCAAGGUCUUUUAGCCAGAAGGAUGGCUACUCGAGCCAUUCUGCUGCCCUAACUGAUGAUGACCCAAGGGAUGCAUGUUCUGGUAAAAAUGCUACUGAGAAGACCAUUCGAGCAGUUUAUGCACAGAAGAAGGCUCAACACCCAACUGGGGAUGAUCUAAACAGUGGAUUGUAUGAAGCAAUGCGAAAAGAACUCAGAUAUGCUGUUGAAGAAAUCAAAACAGAACUUGAACAAGCCAUGGGGAGAAAUACCUCUACUGUGGCAAGUGGUGAUUGCUUGCAGUCAGACAACUCUGAUGUUCUUCAGGCCUUGUCUACAAUCCAAAAAAAUUAUGCCUCAAAAUUAGAGCAGUCAGAAAAGCGUAAACAAGACUUAUUUGCUGAGAUGGUUCUAGAGGAGCAACGAGGAAGGGAACUAUCUAAGAUUGUGAAAGAAUUUCUUCCUGAUUCAAAGAGUUCUGCUGUUGCACCGAAACAACCGCGGGGUAGAAAGAGGAGUAAUGACAGAAAUGGGAUGUCAAAAAGAUUGAUUGAAGAGGCUGAGAAAUAUUUUGACGACUUCAUUUCAAAUGUUGAAGAUACAGAUAUUUCUUCAUUUGAUGGAGAAAAGAGCGAUGCAAGUUCAACUUUAGGAGGAAUAACAAAACCAAGAGAUGCUGCAACACAUGGGGAAAUAGAACCGUAUCAUUGUCCUCUCUCAGGAUCUAAUUCUCUUCCUGUUGAAAUGGAUGGUGUUAUUUUGCCUUGGCUGCAGUGGGGGACUAGUAAUAUUGGUUCUCCUCUUCCAGGCAAGAGUAGAACACCAAUACCUGUGACUCCAAAAACUCUGUUGUGGGAUGCAGUGCAGGACGUGACAUUGGCACAAGAGUUGGGAAGUCAUUCCACCAGCAGUCGUGGGAGUUGGAGCCCGGGGCUCUUUAAUGGCGAUCCAAUCGAUACAGUAGAAGUGAGCGGAAGUAAAUCCAGAGAACUCGGGAGUACCCAACGGUCAAGUUUUGACAUGGAUGAAUAUCUCAAGCUUCAAACUGCUGAAGAACUCUUGUUUGAAAGAUGGAGAGAGCGACACAGAAUAAGUUCAGGUGGUCUAUUGCUCUGUGGCAAUAUGCUUUAGCUAUGUUCAUUCUUUUUUCCUCCCUUCCCUAAAACUCUGUACCUAGUGCAUAUGUGAAUGAAUGUUUUGCUUAGAAAGUAGCAAUUAAUUUAUCCCGGG